AUGAUGACCACGUGGGUUCCUGAAGAAGUUAAAUCAAGCCUGGAUGCCCUAAAAAGGAUCGUGGGAAGACAUGAUGAGCAGACUGCCAGCUCCAAGCCUGCCUUCUCACAAAUCGGCGUUAGUAAGGACGACUUGAAGCUGCCGCCUGUAUGGUUGACAAUGCUGGCUAUCCAGAAGGUGAAAGAUACUCCUGCCUUGGAUAUUUCAUGCCUGCUCGCCUUCAGUGAUGUCAGCCAUUUCAUUGACUAUCUGUUGGAUGGAUAUUCUGAAAAGGCUUCCCUGAUAGAUUUGGUCAUCCUAAAUUGCGGACUUUAUGAAAUCUUCAUUCACUACGAACAUAUUGAAACAGACUCGGCAUUGAAAGAGGAGCUUCUCGCUGCCAUUCCAAUGUGUCGUCAUAAUCUUGGAAAACUACUAGCAAAUCUUCCCCUUAACCUACCCUGCAAUAUCCAUACCAUCAGAGCUCUGCUGAUGACGGUCUAUUAUCAUUUGGGCGAGUGCGAAAUCUCUCUCGCCUGGAGCCAUAUUGCAGCUGCCGCUCAACUGUGCUUCAAACUUGGCCUUCAUACUGAUGCACAUUUAGGACAUCGGCUAGAAGACACUCGCUCAUCUAGGGCAAUGCUGUUCUGGUUGAUUUACAUGAUCGACAAGGUUGUAUCCCUGCGACUCAAUAGGCCGUUUUGCAUUGACGACAGAAAUGUGUCAAUAGGAUUGGAUUGCAUUGAGGGGCUUCCAGGGAAACGGCUUUGUGUUGUCGUGCCAAAGUGGAUCAAGAUUUCAAUGAUCUAUGGUAAAGUAUAUCUUGAUUUGCACUCGGCAAAGGCUUUAAUUGAUACACAAGAUGCACGAGAAGCGCGGGCUCGAAGUCUGGCAGAUGAACUAGAAGCCGUGUUCUACUCAAGGGAUCCAGUGGAAGAUCAACUUUUCGAGAGUAUGGGCCAGAAGCUGGGAACCGCCGCAGUGGAUAUUCAGCGAAGUGUCGACAUGGUCUCCCAUCUGUCGUGUCUCACUUUAAUAUACCGCACUAUCCAGCCUACACAAGCCCCCGGUUCAGCCUUCUCAGAAGAAUGCCUAACGACGGCCAGAGAGUGCCUCAAAAAGCAACGUAUUUGCUUGGCCAAGCUUGGCAGUGCUUCGCCCUUCUCUCUUGACGUAUAUAUUGAAUGGGCCGUCAUGGGAUGGCCAUUCGUACCUUUCGUGGUUGUAUUCUGCAAUACAAUCGAGAAUCUUGACUCAAGUGGACUAGCUGAACUUUGGAGUGUCAUAGAGCCUUUGAAGCUCAUCGAAAGUAUUUUGCCAACGUCUUAUAAGAAGCAGUUGCGACUGUUGGUAGUUAUGUACGACGUCGCGAGCAAAUAUCUCAGCUCUCAGUCUGAUGCUCUGUCAGCAGCAUAUAUGGAGCCUUCGUUUGAAACUCCUUUUAAUCUUCUGUUCCCACAAGUCGGCAUGCCUGUACCAGGUUGUGAGACGCAGAUGCAGCAGGAUUUCAACGUAAGCCCAGAUGACAGGACGGCGGGGCAGAAGGCAAGUUUGAUACGCUCGGCGGCAAACCAAAUGAAUUAUCAUGGAUUACAGGAAAUUGACUACGGCAGCCAGUUAGGGUAUUGGUUGGAGUGUGAUCAGAAGCUGCUUCAAGCUCUUGAACAUAGGUUUUAA